CCGCUGCCCCGUGCACGUCUGCUCCUAGCUUCCCUGCGUCCGCGUUGACCCCGCACCACCACUUGCAAUGCCUUGGGACCUCAUCAAGCUCAACGACGGAACUAGCAUUCCCAGUAUUGCGUACGGGACGUGGACGCUGGGGAACGGCGACAGUACGACCGAAUGGGUUGACCAAGCCAUCUCUGUAGGCUUCAGCCACGUUGACACCGCCCAGGCAUACGGGAAUGAGCAAGAAGCAGGAAAGGCUAUCCGUGAGAGCGGCCUCGCGCGCGAGGACAUAUACGUUACCACCAAGUUCUCCGGAAGAGACGGCCUCAGCAUCGAGGACUCUAUCCAAAACAGCUUGAAGAACCUGGGAAUCAAGUAUGUGGACUUGUACCUGAUACAUCAUCCCCGCCUCGCCACCCCGGAUAUCCCGACGGCAUGGGCGAAGUUGGAGCAGCUCCAGAAGGACGGUCUCGCAAAGAGCAUUGGCGUCAGCAACUUCGGUAUACCUGAGCUCACAAUCCUCCUCAACUCUGCCAAGAUCAAGCCCGUCGCGAACCAGAUCCUCUUUCACCCUUACGUUCUCGACCGGCAGCUGCCCAUCGUCGAGUUCGGCAACGCCCACGGCAUCGUCAGCGAAGGCUACUCGACGCUCAUCCCGCUCACGCACCAGCCGGGCGGGCCGGUCGACGCGCCGGUGAACGCGAUCGCGAAGCGCCUCAACGCGAAGCCGGAGCAGGUUCUGCUCGCUUGGGCGAAGGCCAAGGGCGUCGUCGUCGUGACGUCGAGCACGAAGAAGGAGCGGCUGGAGGGAUACUUGGCCGCUGGGGACCUCCCUCUCACCGUGGAGGACAUAGAGAGCAUUGACGAGGCCGGGAAGAAGGGGGCGAAGGGGCUGGCCGUGCGCACGUUCGUGCGCCGCGCUGCGGUUGUCGCGCUUGCUGCUGCUGUCGGGUUCGGGGUCGCUUCGUUUCUGGGCAUCGACAUCUUGUGAAGCCGAUCACACCUUCCUGGAGACUCUGACAUUCCCAUUCGUCGAGUAUUUCGCUUAGUGUAAGCUUGAAUAUGUAGCAAUGAAAAUGUCAGAUUAUGGAGCCUGUCUC